ACGAGGCUACAUAAGAGACCCUCCUUGGCUUCGGCGGUCGGUGCGGUGCCUCCUCCUCCUCCUCCGAUGGGAUACAACCGGUCCAGGCGUUCCAGGGGCAGCUCCUCCGGCCGAGGGCAGGCCAGUAAUAACCGGAAACUCCGGUGGGAUGAUGGUGGCAAUAGCUCUCUCCCCACCCGCGAAGAAGAUAGUAGAGAGGAAUCUCAGGCUCCAAGAAUUCAGCUUGCAAUGUGGGAUUUUGGGCAAUGUGAUGUGAAGAGAUGCACUGGCCGCAAGCUCUCAAGAUUUGGCUUUUUGAAGGAGUUGCGGGUGACUAGCAGCUUUGGUGGCAUUGUACUUAGUCCGAUUGGCUCCCAAUGUGUCUCAAGGGAAGAUCAUCUUUUAAUCAAGAGAAAAGGACUGGCUGUGGUGGAUUGCUCGUGGGCACGCUUGAAUGAUGUUCCCUUUGUGAAACUUCGCUGUGGUGCACCUCGCCUCCUGCCAUGGUUGGUGGCAGCAAAUCCUGUAAAUUAUGGCCGUCCAUGUGAGUUAUCUUGUGUUGAAGCAUUAUCAGCAGCCUUAAUAAUAUGUGGUGAGGAGGAUACUGCACAUCUGCUAUUAGACAAAUUUAAGUGGGGCCACUCAUUCUUGUCUCUGAACAGGGAACUGCUCAAGGCAUAUUCUCAAUGUGAGAAUGGUUCUGAAAUGAUUUCUGUCCAGAACUCCUGGUUAUCUAACAACUCCAGAAUUCCAAAGACACCUCCAUCGACCAAAGGGCACGAGGAAGAUUGUCUUGACACCAACCAGGGUUCUGACUAUGAUUCUGAAGAUGGACUUCCACCCCUCGAAGAGAACUUGAACCACUUGAAGUUAAAAGAAAGUGAAGAAAGCGACGAAGAAAGCGAAUAGAGGGAAAAAUCCUUCGGUCACACAGUAACUUCGCCUACUGGACCUCAUUGUCAAGUACAUGAGUGUGGAUUUGGAGGCUCCAGAGGUCAUGAACUGAAUACAUGAUAAGUUGCCAAUUUCAUUGUAGUGGUUAUCUUCUCAGACGUAAUUUAUAUUCUUCUUUUCAGUGAGAUUAAUUUGGGAUAACGAAAAACAAAAUAUGGAUUAGGGUUGGUUGCUGUUUUGUGCCAAGGAAACAAGGUUGAGGUUGUAAAAAGAUGGUUCCCUUUUCGUAUUUAUACGAGUUGACAUAGUUAAAAUGAUUUCAUUGAUGAUUUA